AUGCCUGCUUCAAUAUCCUCUUCGAUAAUAUCGAAGGAAAGGAAGGAUGAUGCAGAUACUACAUCAAAUUCAUAUGCUGAUUCUGUGCAUAGUUAUGAAAACAUAAAUCGUGACGAUAAUGAACAGCAACCUGUUUCAACACAAUUAUCUCGUCACUUAACCCAAAUUCUCUCAGAAGAAGGUGGUAAAGAAAGAUUGGAGUCCAUGGCCAGAGUUAUCUCCACCAAGACAAAGGCUGAAAUGGACAAAUUUGAAGUCAAUGACAUGGACUUCGACUUGAGAAUGCUGUUGAAUUACCUAAGAAAUAGACAGCUUGAACAAGGUAUCGAACCAGGUGACUCCGGUGUUGCUUUUAAAAAUCUAACCGCAGUUGGUAUAGAUGCUUCCGCUGCCUAUGGUCCAAGUGUGGAGGAAAUGUUAAGAGAUACCGGUAAACUACCACUUACACUGAUCAACAAGCUAAGAAGAAAGAAAGAUAGUGUUCCUUUGAGAAACAUUAUCCAAAACUGUACUGGUGUUGUUGAAUCUGGUGAAAUGUUAUUUGUGGUUGGUAGACCAGGUGCUGGUUGCUCAACAUUGCUAAAAUGUAUCUCUGGUGAAACCUCAGAAUUAGUUAGCGUUGAUGGUGAAUUUUCCUAUGAUGGUUUAGAUCAAGAGGAAAUGAUGAAGAACUACAAAGGCUAUGUCAUUUACUGUCCAGAACUUGACUUCCACUUCCCUAAAAUCACAGUGAAAGAAACCAUUGAUUUUGCACUAAAAUGUAAAACUCCUAGAGUUAGAAUUGACAGAAUGACCAGAAAACAGUAUGUCGAUAAUAUUAGAGAUAUGUGGUGUACUGUUUUUGGUUUAAGACAUACAUACGCUACUAAAGUCGGUAAUGAUUUUGUUAGAGGUGUCUCUGGUGGUGAAAGAAAGCGUGUGUCUUUAGUAGAAGCUCAAGCGAUGAAUGCUUCUAUUUACUCCUGGGAUAACGCAACCAGAGGUUUAGAUGCUUCUACAGCUUUAGAAUUUGCACAAGCUAUUAGAACAGCUACCAACAUGAUGAAUAAUUCAGCUAUUGUUGCUAUUUACCAAGCGGGUGAAAACAUCUAUGAACUAUUUGAUAAAACCACGGUUUUGUAUAAUGGUAAACAAAUUUACUUCGGUCCAGCUAAGAAAGCUGUGCAAUAUUUUGAGAAUAUGGGUUGGAUAAAACCACCUAGAAUGACAUCUGCUGAGUUUUUAACCUCUGUUACUGUUGACUUUGAAAAUAGAACUUUAGAUAUCAAACCCGGUUAUGAAGAUACAAUUCCUAAAUCUGGUUUUGAGUUUGAAGAAUAUUGGUUGAACUCUCCUGAAUACCAAGAACUAUUGAGACACUACGAUGAUUACCAUGCCAGACACCCUGCUGAAGAAACUAGAGAAAGAUUUGACACUGCAAAGAAGCAAAUGCUUCAAUCAGGUCAACGUGAAAGCUCCCGUUAUGUUGUCAAUUACUGGUCUCAGGUUUGGUACUGUAUGAUCCGUGGUUUCCAAAGAGUUAAAGGUGACUCUACUUAUACAAAAGUCUACCUAAGUUCCUUUUUAAUCAAAGGUUUGAUUGUUGGUUCAAUGUUUCAUAAAAUUGAUAAUAAAAGUCAAUCCACCACAGCGGGCGCUUAUUCACGUGGUGGUUUGCUAUUUUAUGUUCUAUUGUUUGCCUCCGUUACUUCUCUUGCUGAAAUUGCUAACUCUUUCUCUACUAGACCCAUUAUUGUGAAACAUAAAUCAUACUCGAUGUACCACAUUUCUGCAGAGUCUCUCCAAGAAAUUAUCACAGAGUUGCCAACCAAAUUUGUUGCAAUUAUUGUUUUAUCUUUAGUGACAUACUGGAUACCAUACCUGAAAUUUGAAGCUGGUGCAUUUUUCCAAUACAUCUUGUAUUUAUUCACUGUACAACAAUGUACUUCAUUUAUCUUUAAAUUUGUCGCUACAAUUACAAAAGAUGGUGUUACUGCACACGCUAUUGGUGGUCUAUGGGUUUUGAUGUUAUGUGUUUAUGCCGGUUUUGUGUUACCAUUAGGUGAAAUGCAUCAUUGGAUUAAAUGGCUGCAUUUCCUAAAUCCACUAACAUAUGCAUUUGAGAGUUUAGUAUCGACCGAAUUCCACCAUAGAGAAAUGCUUUGUAGUCAAUUGAUUCCAAGUGGUCCAGGGUAUGAAAAUGUUUCCGUUGCUAAUCAAAUUUGUAAUGCUGCUGGUGCUAUAAAGGGGCAUAUGUUUGUGAAUGGUGAUACGUAUAUUGAUAGACAGUACCAUUUUGCAUACCGCCAUGCCUGGAGAAGUUGGGGUGUCAAUAUUGUUUGGACAUUUGGUUAUAUUGUUUUCAAUGUUAUUCUUUCGGAGUUUAUCAAACCAGUAUCUGGUGGUGGUGAUUUGUUAUUGUACAAGAGAGGCCACAUGCCAGAGUUUGGUACUGAAAAUGCUGAUGCUAGAGUUGCUAGUAGAGAAGAAAUGAUGGAAACUUUAAAUGGUCCAGAUGUUGAUUUGCCAAAGGUUAUCGCUGCUAAGGAUGUCUUUACAUGGAACCACUUGAAUUAUACUAUUCCUUAUGAUGGUGCCACCAGACAAUUAUUAUCAGAUGUUUUUGGUUACGUUAAGCCUGGUAAGAUGACAGCACUAAUGGGUGAGUCAGGUGCUGGUAAAACCACUUUACUAAACGUUUUGGCCCAAAGAAUUAAUAUGGGUGUUAUUACUGGUGAUAUGUUAGUUAAUUCUCAGUCACUACCUGCAUCUUUUAAUAGAUCGUGUGGUUAUGUUGCUCAAGCGGACAAUCAUAUGGCUGAAUUGUCGGUUAGAGAGUCUUUGAGAUUUGCUGCUGAAUUAAGACAACCUAGAUCUGUUCCAUUAGAGGAAAAAUAUGAGUAUGUUGAAAAGAUUAUCGCCUUGUUGGGUAUGCAAAAUUAUGCCGAAGCUUUAGUUGGUAAAACAGGUAGAGGUCUAAAUGUGGAACAAAGAAAGAAGUUGUCAAUUGGUGUGGAAUUAGUUGCCAAGCCUUCCUUAUUACUAUUCUUGGAUGAACCAACGUCUGGUUUGGAUUCUCAAUCAGCUUGGUCCAUUGUCCAAUUUAUGAGAGCAUUGGCUGACUCUGGUCAAUCUAUUUUGUGUACUAUUCAUCAACCUUCUGCAACUUUGUUUGAACAAUUCGACAGAUUACUGUUGCUGAAAAAAGGUGGUAAGAUGGUUUACUUUGGUGAUAUUGGUGAAAAUUCAUCUACUUUGUUAAACUAUUUUGAGCGCCAAUCCGGUGUGAAGUGUGGUAUUUCAGAGAAUCCUGCAGAGUAUAUUCUAAACUGUAUCGGUGCAGGUGCUACUGCUAGUGCAUCUGCUGACUGGCACGAUCUAUGGCAGCAGUCACCUGAAUGUGCAGCAGCCAGGGCUGAAUUGGAUGAACUUCAUAAAAACCUUUUGUCAAGACCUGUUACCGAAGAUCCUGAACUUGUAACAAAAUUUGCGGCCUCAUACACGACCCAAAUGAAAUGUGUUUUAAGAAGAACCAUGAUACAGUUCUGGAGAUCACCAGUGUAUAUUAGGGCUAAGUUCUUGGAAUGUGUGUCAUGUGCUUUGUUUGUUGGUUUGUCGUAUAUCGCUGUCAACCACUCUGUUGGUGGUGCAACUGAAGCCUUUUCAUCUAUCUUUAUGUUAUUGUUGAUUGCCCUAGCAAUGAUCAAUCAAUUACAUGUCUUUGCUUAUGACAGUAGGGAAUUAUAUGAGGUUAGAGAAGCUGCGUCUAACACUUUCCAUUGGAGUGUUCUAUUGUUAUGUCACUACGUUGUUGAGACAGGUUGGUCUACACUAUGCCAAUUUAUGUGUUUCAUUUGUUACUACUGGCCUGCCGGAUAUAGUGGACGUGCUUCGCAUGCAGGAUUCUUCUUCUUCUUCUAUGUUUUGAUUUUCCCAAUGUAUUUUGUUUCAUAUGGUCUGUGGAUUUUGUACAUGUCUCCCGAUGUGCCUUCAGCUUCUAUGAUCAAUUCAAACUUAUUUGCAGCCAUGUUACUUUUCUGUGGUAUCUUACAACCAAAGGAAAAAAUGCCAGGAUUCUGGAGAGGUUUGAUGUACAACGUUUCUCCAUUCACAUAUGUUGUUCAAGCAUUAGUUGGCCCAUUGGUACACGAUAAGAAGGUUGUAUGUAACAAGAAUGAGUUUGCAAUCAUGGAUCCACCUGCAGGGCAAACAUGUGGCGAGUAUCUAAGAACUUAUAUUGGUAACAACUCAGGUUACUUAGUUAAUCCUCAAGCUACGAGCAAUUGUAACUACUGCCCAUAUAGUGUUCAAGAUGAAGUUGUUGCCCGGUUCAACGUGAAAUGGAGUUACAGAUGGAGAAACUUUGGUUUUAUGUGGGUCUACAUCUGCUUCAACAUUUUUGCCAUGUUGUCUUGUUAUUACAUCAUGAGAGUUAAGGUUUGGAGCUUGAAAUCUGUCCUUGACUUUAAGAAAUGGUUCAACGGACCAAGAAAGGAUAGACAUGAAAAAGACAAGUCUAUCUUUGAGAAGAAACCAGGUGAUGAAGAAAAAGUGAAGCAAAAAUUUUAA